AAGGAAUGUUAUGUUUGUGGUGCACCAUUACAACACAGAAACCCUGAUUAUUCAUUAUAUUAGAAAGAUGAAUGGAAAAGAAACAGAAAAAUAGUAAUUGCACAGACAACGCAAAAUCAGAGAAAUGAAUCAUGAAUGAUCUCUGAUGAUCUCUAUGGGUUCUGGGUGCACAAAGCAAGAUGAUUCAGUAAACUUUGACGAGGAAGUUAAGGAUGACGAGGGAAACUUGGAUGAAAUUGAUAAAAAUAAUGGAAACAUGACAGGGGAGACAGAAUCUUUAUCUUCCAACUGUUCCAGUAGACCUCCAACUCCCUUUAGUAGACCAGUUACAGCGGCAAUAAUAGCAAGGCCAAAGACAACCACCAUUUACGAACAAGAGGUAAUGGGUGAAGAAGCUGGUGAUGAAGAUGAAGGUGUGGAAGAUGGUGAAGAUGUUAGAGAUGAAGAGGUUGAGGAGGAACCAAUCAACAUGAUAAAUAUUGAGGAACAACCGAUCCAUCAUCGAAGACAUCUGCUCAGAUCACAGAGCAGGGAUAAUUCUGAAAUGGAUCUACCACGAAGACAAUCAAGGCAUAUGUUGGGAGCAGGUGAUGAUGAAGAACUCCAAAAGUUUAAAGAGUACAUGUCCCAAAAAGGACUGUGAACAAAAACAGUAAAUAGUGUGAAGAAAAUGAAAGAACGAGAAUAAAGUCAAAUGGAGAUUUUUUUUUCUGAUCAAAUUCUGAAACUUAAACAUAUCUUCUAACUACAUGUAAAUGCAAUAUGGUGAAUUUAAAUGGAAAAUAAAAUAAAUUAAAUGCUUUUAUGUUAAA